CACAAUUUGUCGUUCAUGACUAUUCGCCAGUCUGUUUUCUUUAACCUAAAUACAUCGAUAUUUUUGAGCAGGUGAACCACAGUAUCUGCUGACAGAACUACAAACAACAGGCUGUUACUGAUAGCUAGUUUAGCUGGGCCGAAAAUGCCUUUGUUAGUGACAGACUACUCAUGGACACAGACCGACACGACGGUUUACAUACAUGUGCCUUUAAAAGGAGCGAAAGUUGGGAAAGUGGACAUUGUAUCUACAGACGAAUACCUCAAGGUGCAUUACCCACCGUAUCUGUUUGAAGCCUUCCUGCUGAAACCUGUUGAUGAGGACAGAAGUUCAGCAAAGGUUGGAAAUGGAGUUGCUGUCAUCACUUUGCCAAAGAGAACCAACAAAAUAUGGGAAAAUCUGAUGAUAACCACAAAUGACAAAGAAAAAAAGAAGGAGAUCAGAGAAAGAGCUCUGUUGAAAUACCAGGAAAAACUUUCUUCAGAGUCCAGAUCCAAGGCAGAGAAACAGCGCGCAGAGAAAAAAUAUGCACUGGAGACAAUGAUGAAGCUUGAAAAGGAGGAAAGAGAGAGUGUCCAGAAAAUGAGGGACACCGAGCGAGAGAAAACCACAGCAGAGCUGGACGCAUGGCAACUGAGACAGAAACAACAAGCAGAGGAAGAAGAACAAGUAAAACUCCACACACAGCGAGAUAAUCAAAACAGCCUGAAAGCCAUAACAGAGAAGCAAGAAAAAAGAUGCUCGGAUGGAAGAAAUGUCAAACUGGAUCGAAGAGGCAGUGAAGCAAAGUGCAAGAAAAAACAGGCGGACCUGCCAGCUCUGAGACCUGCUGGAAACAUUCAAGUUACAUUUACCCCACGGGUUUUCCCAACAGCCCUCAGGGAAUCAAGAGUGCAGGAGGAGGAAGAAUGGCUCCACAAACAAGCUGAAGCCAGACGUGCAGUCAAUCCAGAUGUUGAAGAGCUGAAGGACCUGACGGAGGAGAACAUGAACCCUGACUGGUUAAAGGACAAAGGAGACAAAUGUUUUGCGACUGCGGACUACCUGAGUGCAGUCAACGCCUACAACCUGGCUAUCAGGCUCAACAGAAAGAUCCCAGCUCUGUACUCAAACAGGGCUGCAUGUCACCUGAAGUUAAGAAAUCUUCACAAGGCUGUUGAGGAUUCCUCUCAGGCCCUUGAUCUGCUGACUCCACCAGUUGCUGCUAAUGCAGCUGCCAGAGCCAGAGCCCACGUCCGCCGAGGAUCUGCUUUCUGCCAGCUACAGCUCUAUGCAGAAGGGCUACAGGAUUACCAAGCUGCUCUGAAGAUUGACUGUCACAAUGAAGCACUGCUGGCAGACACACAGAGGAUACGAGACAUUAUUCAAGGCACUGCAGCUCACCCUGAUACACAGUGAGGCACAGAAAUAUACACUGUACAUAUCAUGUAUAGCUUCUUAUUGUUUGAGUUGUUUGUCUGUUACAAAAUGAUUUAAUAAAUGAUAACAGAGAACCAGAGGCAGCUGCAUGUCAGUAACAAUACAGUCAAAUACUAUGUGAAAUCCCUGCCGCAGUCAGUGUGAGACAGACCUGCUGCGAGUGCAAGGGAAACACGACACUAUCUGUGUGUAGA